AUGAUCAUAGUUAAUAGGGGUGGUAAGAGCCAAAAGGGAGGUAAACAUGGUUUCAUCGGGAGGACGCUCGCACACGAUAUACUCGCCAGGCAGGCGAAACAAACCGAGACUAUGCGUGGUGAACGCCCAUAUCGCCAAGUGGAGCACUCGGUAGUCGAACGUACUAGCCUAGAAGAGUUCACAUUGGCAGCUGAGAUGGGAUUAAAUGCCUACCUUACAACUCAUUGCUGUACAAGGGAAGUAUUAGCAUCCGACUUCAACAGUCAACUUGAAAGGAUGGUAAACUACUCCGAAACAAACGAUAUUAAGGUGUUCCCAGUAGUGCCGAUACCCAGAAGAUGCCUUUUCUUCGAAGACGAACAGAGAGAAGCUAUCGGGAGAAUUAUCAAACAAACGGAACAGAUGCAACAUAUGAAAGAGAAACGUAAAAACAGACGUAGAAACAAAAAACUAGUGGAUAUGUAUAUGCAUGGAACAGGUCCAAAACCAGUUAAUGGAAUGCAUGAGCAACCAAGGCAUAUAAUGAAAGCACAUAUUUCACAAAACGCAAAACAAACAGAGGACGCCUCAGAUGAUGGGACGUUUUCCGAUCUCAGCGACGUAGAUGGGCUAUCUGAUAUUGACGGAUAUGACAGUGAUGGUCUAGACGAUGGAUCUAUGGGAAUGGGAGUUCAACGUUUCAACCCUAAUUCCAAAAGAAAUCAUGUUCGUUUCGAAACAAACACGAGCGUCACAGAUGACUCACGCAGUAAGCGAGAGGAUAGUUUAACUGAUGAACGAUAUGCUAAAGAUGGGUCAGGACGCAAAUUAAGCGUCGAUGAUACUACAGAAUACAGUGAUGAUUUUGAUGACGAUGACAGUGGAUUCGAAACUGAAGAAGAGAUUGUUGUUGAUCAUGCUGUCGCAAAUGAAACACACCAAGGCCCGGAACCAAAUGUUGACACCACACCUUCUACGCCUUCCAGGGCUUUAAAUGUCGACCAUAUGGAAGGAGACAUUAAGUAUGUAAAGGAGUACAAAAUGGCAAUCGAACAAGAAGUAGCAGGUAUCGAUAUUUGUAAAAUCAAUGCAAAUGAACUCAAUCGCAUAGAAACUAAAGGUUUCUACACCUGGAGGAGAUUGCUAUCAAGAAUUGAAGAUGAGGAGGAAAGAGUAGUAACACCAUAUGAAAAAAAUAUCGAAUUUUGGAGGCAACUGUGGAGGGUCAUAGAGCGUAGUCACCUUCUACUCAUAAUCGUCGAUGCCAGGGACCCACUAUUUUACAGGGUGCCAGACUUAGAAGAAUAUGUUAAGGAAGUGGAUGGAAGAAAGGAAACUAUGCUAGUCCUCAACAAAGCGGACCACCUUUCCCAGGAACUGCGCAAAGCGUGGGCUGAAUAUUUUAAAAUGAAGGGUAUCGACUUCGUAUUCUUUUCAACUAUUUUGGGUAGAACCAGCAGGACGUAUUCCGACGCUGAAAUGGACAAGGAGGAUUUGUGCUGCCGAGUGUAUAACGUGGAAAUGUUGCUGAAGAAAAUUGAUACAUAUCGCCAGAAACAGAUUGUAAUAUUCCCAGAACUCAGUGGGCCUAACAACACCGAUAUACCGUUGUACACAGUUGGGUUCGUGGGUUACCCUAACGUUGGCAAAAGUUCUCUUAUCAAUUGCCUCAUGGAAGCGACGAAAACGAACGUCAGCUGCCAACCUGGUAAAACGAAGCACCUGCAAACUUUGCCACUAAAAAAGGAGAAUAUAACGCUCUGUGAUUGUCCAGGCAAAUCUGUAGGACUUAUCUUCCCGAAUAUCGUGGCAACGAAGCACCACCUUUUAGUAAAUAGUAUAGUAUCUACAGCACAUUUCAGAGGGAGCCUGAUAUUUGCUGUACAACUCAUAUGCAAUCGUGUACCAAAACAAUGCUGCGAACGCUAUGAUGUAGACCGAGCGGAAUGUGUCAUCGCGGAUAGGGAAAACAGGCCAAUAUUGUUAAGCACCAAAUUUCUAGAACUUAUCUGUAAUAGUCGGAAAUUCUAUUCAGGCGGAAGGGGAGGUCAGCCUGAUAUCGGUAGGGCUGCGAAACUAGUAGUCAAAGACUAUGUAAACGGCAAUCUGCUAUAUUGCGCGUGGCCACCACACUGUAAACGACAAGUAGAGGAGUGGGAUCAACAACAGGUCGAGGAACUGGCAAAAUAUCUGACUAACCUUGAUAUCAGGAAGAAGGGCAGAGUACUUCCAGGUAGUCACAUGAAAGUGGCUCGUGAAGUACAAGCAGCAGAAUCAAAGAUGCAGCAAUGGCUCCUGGAGACUUCAGAGGAUAUACCUCAGCCAAAACCACAACCUAUGACGAAACGCAAAAUGAGGUUUCUUAUCAAGGGUAAACGUAAGCAAACCACUAAGCAAAGUGCUGGUGCAUAUGCGUAG